AUGAUCAUCGCACUUGUUACUGGAGGGAACACGGGCAUUGGCGAGGCCGUCGUCCGCCAACUGGCCAAGUCGCCGAACUUCCAUGUCAUCAUCGGAUCUCGCAAUCCAGAGUCAGGCUCGAAGCUGGCCGACUCUCUUAUCCGAGAUGGCCACUCCGUUUCUUCAGUUCAACUCGAUCUCUUUUCCGAUGAAUCCAUCCUCAAGGCCGUUGAGCACAUCAAGAAAACACACGGAAAGCUCGAUGUUCUCGUCAACAACGCAGGCGUCCUCCUCGACCUUAAUCCGGAAGCGUUCACCUCUACUCGAGACCUUUUCCGCAAGACCUUCGAGACCAACGUCUUUGGUACAGCUGUGUUGUCCGAGGCGGCACUCCCACUUUUACUCAAGGCCGAGUAUCCGCGCAUCGUCUUCGUGUCCUCCACAAUGGGUUCUCUCGAGAGCUCCCUGGAUGAGAAGACACCAUUUUACAACAUCGACUACAAGGCGUACGAUGCCAGCAAAGCGGCCGUGAACAUACUUGCAGUAAACUAUGCACGCCUUCUGAAGGAGGUAGGCGGGGCGUCCAACGCAGUCUGCCCGGGACUCAUCAGAACCAAAUUGACUGGAUUCAUGGAUGCCGGUGCACCCGUGGAAGUGGGUGCGGAGAGAAUCGUCGAAUUGGCCACCGCUGCUCCUGGAGGGCCCACUGGCACGUUUUCCAACCGCGAGGGUCCCAUUGCCUGGUAG